AUGGGUGUUCGCUCCCCCUCCCCUCCUGAAACAUCUACGUCACAACCACGCGCUCCCUCACUCGCUCUUUUGGCCAAUGAGCGAAGCAGGCAGCACAGCCGCCUCGUCACGAAGCGCCCCGCCCCUUUUCUCCCGUCCCCACGGAAACACCGCCCCUCACCCCCGCUCCUUAUUACCUUUCCUGCCUUUUCCUCCUCCGGUCGGAAGCUUAUUCCCUUUGCCCGCUUUCCCGCUUUAAUAACUAGGCGCGCUCCACGCAAAGAGGCAGCCCCUCCCCCUUUUCUCCUCAGUGUCGUCCGUUGCGCUCUCGUGCUGCCUCUCUCUGAAGAGUGCUCGGGCCCGGCGGGUGGCUGUGCACGUGGGCUGUCGAGGCCGCGCCCGCGUGCCCGCUCGCUCUUCCCUUUCCCUGUCUACCUUGCGGCGGCGCGCCUGGCCUGCCUCUGCUGGCGGGUGUGUACGGCGAGUGGCGUGCGUGUUUGCGAGCGGGGAAAUAUAUCAGUGCAACAAAGGAUCGUGGCAGCCGUAGAACAGAUUUAUCUGAAGAAACUGGGGAUGGGCGAAUCUGCUAACGUGGAUUUCUGUCAGCUUCUCAUAUUCUUCCCCGUCUUCACAAGCGACGAGCGAUUGCAUCCAAUGAGGACAUGAACACUGAGUAAAGGAGAAGAAACCAUUAUCAGAAUGGCCAGGCUCAAAAAAACCCUCCACCAACUGUCUGUCACUAAAGGCCAUCCCCAAGCCUUUGUCUUUAAGACAGCUUGAUGCUGUCCAGGUGAGGGCCUCCUGCAGAUACCAUCUUAUCAAGAGGUUCGUUCUGUACAACAUAGGAAAUGGACCUUUAGCGUGGCGGCACCUACCCUGUGGAACUCCCUACCCUUAAAUAUUAGACAGGUGCAAUCUCUGUUAUCUUUUUGGUGUCUAUUGAAGUCCUUCCUCUUUCAACAAGCCUUUUAAGUUGAGACC